AUGUUUCGAUCCAGACAAAUCAUGUUCGGAGCAAGGCUCUCCUCUGCUUUGCCACUUUCAGGACCCCUUGUUGCAUCGCUGGCAACCAGACCUGCUGCGGUGGUCUGUUCCCGGCUAAUAGGCCCAGCGCCGUCAGCGCAGCGCAGCACGUCGAAAGACAGUUGCUGCGGUCUCCAUUCUUUCCGCCUCGGCGUCAUGGCUCAUCCCGCCAACCUUCCGUCUGCACGACGGCAGCGUUUCACCCGGCGCGGCCUCUGCCGCCGCUCAGGCCAAGCCCUUGGUGUGGCAGGGAAAAACAGACAGUACUCAGAAACGGUGUACUAUGUUACCACUCUUUUCAAUGCCUUGAAUUUGAAAUCCGGAGGAGCAUCCCCUCUCCUUAACUCUGGAAAAGGUUGCAAAGCGGCGACCUCCGCAGUCUCCGAUGUGCUUCCCCCCAUCCCCUUCCCUGCUUCCCCUCAUCCCCUUCCCUGCUUCCCCCCAUCCCCUCCCCCCUCAUUCCCCUCCCUGCUUCCCCCCAUCCCCUUCCCUGCUACUUCCCAUCCCUCCCCCUGCUUCCCCCCAUCCCCUUCCCUGCUUCCCCCCAUUCCCUUCCCUGCUUCACCCCAUCCCCUCCCCUGCUUCCCCCCAUCCCCUUCCCUGCUUCCCCCCAUCACCUUCCCUGCUUCCCCCCAUCCCCUCCCCUGCUUCCCCCCAUCCCCCUCCCUGUUUCCCCCCAUCCCCUUCCCUUCUUCCCCCCAUCCCCUCCCCUGCUUCCUCCCAUCCCCUUCCCUGCUUCCCCCCAUCCCCUUCCCUGCUUCCCCCCAUCCCCCUCCCUGUUUCCCCUCAUCCCCUUCCCUGCUUCCCCCCAUCCCCUUCCCUGCUUUCCCCCAUCCCCUGCCCUGCUUUCCCCCCAUCCCCUUCCCUCCUUCCUCCCAUCCCCUUCCCUGCUUCCCCCCAUCCCCUUCCCUGCUUCCCCCCAUCUCCUUCCCUGCUUCCCCCCAUCUCCUUCCCUGCUUCCCCCCAUCUCCUUCCCUGCUUCCCCCCAUCCCCUUCCGUCCUUCCUCCCAUCCCCUUCCCUGCUUCCCCCCAUCCCCUUCCCUGCUUCCCCCCAUCUCCUUCCCUGCUUCCCCCCAUCCCCUCCCCUGCUUCCUCCCAUCACUCUCAUUCUCCUUCCUCCUGCACUCACUCUCUCAGUCCUCUCGCACUCUCUCUCUCUCCGUCCUCUCGCACUCGCACUCUCCUUCCCGCCACCCUCAGCCCUCCUUCCCCUCACCCUCUCCCCUGUUCCCACCUGCCCUCCCCAUCCCCGCCUUUCCCUCCCUGCCCUGCCCUUCCCUUCUCCAUCCCUUCUCAACCCUUCCCUUUCAUGUCAUGCCCUCCCCUUCCCCCUCACCUUCCGCCCUCUAG